AGAAUCGUGGGCGGCGGAGCGAGCUGUCCGACGAGCCCCGGAGACCCUGGACUGGGGGUUGGCGCCCCCCAGCUGCCUCACCCCAGCAGCACUACACAACCUACUGACAGAUGGCUUCUACGCCCCGUACUCGGCCAACCCUCACUACCUCCUGGUGGUGGACUGCCGGGCGCCUCGGGCCUUCACCAGGCGUCGACUGACAACAGCACGAUGGCACGGGGCGCUGCACACGGCGCCGCCCCCCAACCUUGUCAACACCAUAGUGCUCUACGAUGACCGGCCGCGCACUGCCCGGCCCCAGCCUGGCGACAAUGACCCCCUGGCCACUGUCUACCACGACCUCCGACGCCAAAAGUUGGACCCCCUGGUGCUAUUAGGAGGGUGGACGGUGCUGGAGGCCACCUGCCCACACCUGCUGGAGGGAGGCGACACUACCCCGACGCCCAACCCGAUGCCCUGGUACCCGGCACAGAUAGUUCCCGGGUUGCUGUACCUCGGUCAUGCUGAGAUGGCGUCUGACCCGCACGUGCUGACGGCCCUGAGAGUCACACACAUCGUGGACGUGACAGAGUGCCUCCCCCCUCGCGUGCUUCCCUCUAUGAACUAUCUGGUAGUUCCUCUGCCUGAAGAGCCUGACUGUACAGACAAUGGCUGCACCGACCUCCUCUCUUCUCUACCUACCAUCAUGGCCUUUGUGGGGGAGGCGAGAACUUACGGCGGCUGCGUCCUGGUUCACUGUGACCAGGGCCUCACCCGCGCCGCUGCCGUCGUCAUGGGUAUCCUGAUGGCGGAGCGGCAGUGUACCCUGGAGGACGCCUUCUACUACGUGAAAGGCGCGCGGUCCGCCGUGCACCCUAACAUAGGUCUGCUGCAUCAGCUGGCCAAGUAUGAGACUGUGUUGUUCGGUGCCUCCCUCACUAUGGUGGAGGACCUCUUCUGACCUGCACUCUCCCUCCUCCUCGGCUGCCACACACCCGUCACCACGCUACAUCAACACACUUCAUGACGUUGAUGCUACUUAGAGACUUUUGUAUCAACAAUGACUAACAUUAGCCUCCACAUAUCGGCAGAAUAUUGCAGCCUUUGGACCCGACCCCGCGGGGCAGUGUGAGCCUUUUGUCGCUAGGACACUCUUAAUGACGUCACUUGAUGCCCACGUUUGUUUGUCUUUCGUGUUCAUAAACAAAAGGAGAAAGAACAAUUAUUACAGUCAAAAUUAUUUUGUAAAUAGUUUCUAAGCUGGCGGCCAUCACUGAGUCAGUGGCCCAGGUGUAGCUUUAAUUACCUCCAAUAAUUGUAGAGUAGUGAGGUUUGAACAUAACUAAAGUAGGACAUUAUAUAAAUAUACUAAUUAUCUUUGUAGAUAAAAACAAAACAGUGGAAAACUUAUGUAUAGAUACAGUAAACGCCGCCACACUGAACCUGUUGUUAGACCACACAGCACACCUCAAGCUCUACCAGGUUUUAUAUAUCAAGUUUGGUGCAUCAGAACACAGUCAGUGUCCACGUUCAUGAAGCGUCCCUAAAAACAUGUACGUUAAGCUGAUGUACAGUCGGGGCCAAAAGACUCUUGCUGCUCCACCAAGAGCCAGGCUCGUUAACCUCCGUGAACAGAAUAAUGCAUCAUUGUCUCCCGCUUUGGGUUCACAGAGAGGCGAGAGGACCUUUGACCCCUACUGUACGUUAAUCGGACAGUGUCUGUGUUGUGUCGGUAAUGGACCAACGAUCAACAGACGAAGUUUCCCCACUCCCGAAGGUCGGUUUUGUUGAGGUGAGGACCACACCAAGCCAGACCAGGUGUGUGCCCCUCACCAUCACAGUGUGGCCCAGGUAAUCAUAUUAUGUUGGAGGUACUAAUUAACACCAUUCUCUCACCUGGUGCCCCCCCCCCCUCCACGAUUGUCUCAACCACCUGUAUUCCCCUAAGGUCAUCUGUAGGAAGAUUAGGCUCAGUAACUACCUAGGAGCCUGGAGCCUGCACACACACACACACACACCACACUACCUUCUCCUACCACAACAGACUGACUAUCACCUACCUGUCAGAAUACUCGUCCACAGUCAUAAUAACAGUGGAAAAACAAGUUAUAACCCCUCCCCCUUUUACAGUGCUUCCCUCUUCUCUUCUACAAAAUAUAAUGGUUUGUGGAUUAAACUUCAUAUAAAAUUAUGUUAUAUGAGAUACUUAGUCCAGGAGGCCAUAUAUAUAAACCAGGAGGCCAUAUAUAUAAACCAGGAGGCCAUAUAUAUAAACCACUGAUGGAGGAUUAUAAAAGAACUGACACUGUUUUACCGGUGAUCGAAAAGUCCCUGUGCACCUGGAUAAUUAACCAUACUUAUACCUUGUUAAAGUUACUCCAGGUGUGUG